AUGCGAACCCCGCUACGUUCCCACCACCCCACCCGAAUCGCUGAUGCGAUCCUAGCCCCGUGUUCUCGGCUUCCCACUGUUUCUAGGCUUGUUGGGGGCUGGAAUUAUGGUAGCCUUACCUGUGUGGAUUGUAGGAGUCGUCUGGGACGCGGGCAGGAAAGGGUUUAUCCUUAUACAGCGACAUUGCGGCUCUUUAGUAGCGGAAUUGGAAUACGGGGCCCCGGACAUCAACAACAGCAACAACAGCAACAGCGGGUAGCGACAAUUUCAGGUAGUACACCUCGAGUUGCUGAGGUUAUAGAGCAGGUGCGUGUCACAUCCGUGGCGGAUGGUGUUGAUCAACAACCAGUUUUCGGUCCGAUGCAGGAGUAUGAGGCCCGAGUACAGUCAGGAAGAUUGAAGGAUGAUGCUCAUCAGAGAGACAUCAUCCAACAUCUUCAGGACCUCCACGAAAUUCUCCGCUCCUACACACCACCAGUCGUAGUCCAUCCAACGAUCUCCUCCCUCCAGAAUCCGGAACCAAGACCCUCCUUCCUUGGUUCGCUUUUUAGCCGCACCCCACCGCGGGCAGCCACCACGCAGAUCCCACCCAAUCUGCCAAAGGGUCUAUACAUGUUUGGAGAUGUUGGCUGCGGUAAGACCAUGCUGAUGGACCUUUUCUUUGACACCCUGCCGGAAAAUAUCACGUCACGGCAGCGCAUCCAUUUCCACAACUUCAUGCAGGACGUGCAUAAACGGCUUCAUGUGAUGAAAAUGGAACAUGGGAAUGAUUUUGAUGCUGUGCCCUUUGUCGCAGCCGAUAUCGUGCAGGGGGCUAGCGUGCUUUGCUUCGAUGAGUUUCAGUGCACAGACGUGGCAGAUGCGAUGAUUCUGAGAAGACUCCUCGAAUCGCUCAUGUCCCACGGUGUUAUCCUCGUCACAACCUCCAACCGCCAUCCAGAUGACCUGUACAAGAACGGCAUCCAACGUGAAUCCUUCAUCCCAUGCAUCACCCUGCUAAAAACCUCCCUAACGGUCCUGAACCUUGACUCUGCCACUGACUACCGCAAAAUCCCCCGUCCGCCGUCCGGUGUCUACCACCACCCACUCGGCAUGCCCGCUGACCACCACGCGGACAAAUGGUUCGAGUACCUAGGCGACUUCUCCAAUGACCCUCCUCACUCCGCAGUGCACCAAGUGUGGGGACGGGAUGUGGAAGUUCCUCUGGCAAGUGGCAAGGCGGCACGGUUUACGUUCCAGCAGUUGAUUGGGAGGGCGACUGGAGCGGCGGAUUAUCUUGAGCUGAUGAGGAGUUAUGAUGCCUUUAUUGUGACGGAUGUACCUGGGAUGACGAUCCGGGAGCGCGAUUUGGCGAGGAGGUUUAUUACAUUUAUUGAUGCAGUUUAUGAGAGUCGGGCAAAACUCGUCCUCACCACCGCCGUUCCCCCUGCUAAUCUCUUCCUCUCCAAUGAGGAAGUUCAAGAAUCCAUGUCUGAAAAUAAGUCAUCAUCAAAAGACAACAACGAAGCUCCUGAGUACCUUCCUGACGCUAUGCGCCAUCUUAUGGACGACCUAGGCCUGUCCAUGUCUGCGCUAAAGUCCAGUUCCAUAUUCAACGGCGACGAGGAGCGCUUUGCGUUUGCGCGGGCAUUGUCGCGGCUGGCUGAAAUGGAAGGGAAGGAGUGGGUUGAGCGGGGAUUGGGUAUUGGAAUGGAUGCGAAGGCUGGAGAUGAGGACAAAGCUGCGUGGAAUAAGGCGCGGAGUCGAUGGAGGGAGGAUAGUUAA